AUGACCAAUACGACGCGUUGGCUGGACGUUGAAGUUGGCAAUGAUGAUACAGAAUUAAAUACUUUGCCGUCGAACGUCGCCCUCGUUGAUCUUCACAAUGAUAACGAGUAUAAAUUGCUUAUUGGUGAUUUAGGUAAAGGUGAAGAGGGUCCAAAGCUUAAGGUCUUUAGAGGAGCUAUGCAGUUAUUAGACAUGGCCCUACCAGACAUACCGCUCGGGGUCGUUGGAUUUUAUUCUAGUGACUCUGUUCCUAGAAAUCAGCCCGUGAUAGCUGUUGCAUUUAGUUCAUGCAUACACAUAUUCAAAAACAUGAAACUUUUCUACAAAUAUUAUUUACCAUCAGUUGAUUUAAGUACUAGUGAAUCAGAGAUUUGGAAGCAGAUAUUGGACCCUCAAAACCACAAUGAAGAAGUAUUACCAAUUCUCACAGAGAAUCUGAAAGCGGUACCUCACAAAGUACUCAGUUUGCAGUCACGUAAUUUCCUCUCUAUGACCUUAGACCAGCAGCUGGAGUAUGUGGAACAGUUGACCGACUUACCACCAAAGAAAUUACCAGAAGUGGCUUGCAUUACAACUAUGAAAAUGCAUUCAGUUGAACGGCACUCUGUAAGCUGCUUGGUUGUUGGCACUGAAGAUGGAGAGGUGAUAGUGCUGGAUUCGCAGACAUUUAAUCAAUUGUCAAUAGUAAGUUAAAUUUGUUUU